AUGGCGCCGGUAGCGAGGAGCCGGGAGGCUCCGGGGCAAAAGAGGAACGCGGGAGCGCAGAGUUCGCACGUUCCGCGUAAUCGGAAACAGCCAUGGAGACGAGAUCCACGUGCGGUGAGGGGGAGUGUCCAGGAGGGACAAGGAUUUGCCUUCUGGAGAAAGCAAAAGAUUCAACGAGAUUACAAGAAGUUAUUGAAAAAGGAAAAAUACACUAACUCCCAGAAGAGCGUUGGGUAUACAGAGAAUUAUCCAGAACACUUGAAGCAUCUUUAUUUAGCUGAAGAGAAAAUGCUUAAAGAACAACGUAAGCCUAAAGAUAAUGAUCCAGUUCUAUUGGAAGAAACCAGUAUCAGUACAACCAAGUUCCACAUCAUGAAGAGAAAGCUUAAAGCAAAAACUUCAAACCAGAAAGCAAAAGAAGAAUAUGAACAAAUAAAGGCUAAGAGGGAUAUGAAAAAAGAGGCUGCCAAAAAAAGGAAGGAAGAGAGAGAGAAAGCUCAGAAGCUUUACAAACAAAAGAAAAUGGAAGCAUAUAAAAUAUUAAGUAAAAGGACUAAAAAAGGACAGCCAAAUCUAAACGUGCAAGUAGAGUACCUCCUUAAGAAGAUCAUGCAAAAACCAUGA